CACACUGAAUCGCUGCGAAGGGAUUAAAAGCAUCAAUACUACGUACGGCACUCUAUUACGGCUGCAAUGCCAAUAUCGAUGUCCAUAGUUGGAAGUUUGCGUUUCAAGUGGAUCGUUUGAUUGGGAAAAGGACAAACGAUACGAAGGCAUACCGCGCACAAUCUGUUGAGAUACGAAAUCGAAAUCAAAACAUCAAUUCCAUCAUAGCAUGACUCCGCACCACAUCUUUCGCCACGGUAGAUUCCACAGCACGCUGCGGACAUUGUCCUUGGCAGGCGGAUCCCUACUCGCCGGCUGCCAGAUAGCUUCCUCUCCGCUUUUGUUCGAGAACGAGGAUACGUGUCACUGCAGCCUCAAGGUCAACAACAAUGCGGAUGACACCAUCUGUACGGUGCGCAAUCGACUACGGGAGAUCCACUCUGUUUUCUCGAGAUUUUCCCGUUUGCUGGAAGCAAACCGUUCGUCGCUGGAGCCGGCUUCGAAGCCUGCCUCCAGGAUCGCAUCCGAAAACAACACGAUUUUGGCGACAUCGGUACGGCAGAGAAAAACCUGCCUUGAACCMGGGAAGGCAAUCGGUAGCGUCGGAAACACUGCUCUGUACGACUUCGUUAUCGUUGGAUACGGCAAUGCGGGCCAGAGUGCCCUGCGCACGCUUCAGGAACAAUGCCCGGGGGCCAGGGUGGCCCUCGUGGAUCCAUUGCGUUCCCCAAACAAAGGAACCAAAGGCAAAGGCGUCGACACCGAUUAUUUCCGCGAUACCGUGGUCGAAUUCGACCCGUCCUCGAAAACCCUUCGGCUGCUGGCCGCGGAUCCAAGCCGCAGAGCGAUUCGCUACAAGCACGGCGUUCUGAUCGCGACGGGGGCACGGGGGGCACCCCCACCGCUGGAGCUCUUCCAGGAAGAGUCGCUGCCCCGAGUCCUCGAACUGCGGCCUACCGAGCUAUUCCGAAACACAAAACGCCCGGCAAUGGCCCCCGAAAAGGUCAGGAACGCGGUUGCGGAAGCGGCGGCGAAGGGGGCGAAAAUCGCAGUCCUGGGGAGCGGGUGGGAGGCCCUCGAUCUCCUCUUGGUGGCGGAGCGGGCGUGCAAAUCCACCAAGAGAAGGCCAACGAUGUGCUUCGCCAGCUCGGGCAUUGCGUGGCACACCCUGCCCCCCUAUCUGAGCGCGGAGCUGCGAAAGAAACUUGGCAAACGCGAGGUUGAUGUGCAGGAUCGUUCGUUCGUCAGGUACGUCGCAGACUACCAGCAAUCGAACCGCCAGCAAAUCGAGCUCCACACCGCAAAGACCUACGACUUGAUGGAUACUCGCAGAACUGCUUUGGACCUGUUGGUUGUUGCCCCCGAUUCGUUUGGUGACAAGGGAACCGCGGCGCUUCCAACCAUGGACGUUCCGGAAAGCAUGAAGGAGUCCAGCGAUGGUCGUCCGUGGUACAAAACUUGGUCCCAGAUGGCCAGACGGAGAAACGCGGAGCCAUCAGCGCUUGUUUGUUUCGAAGACGACGGGAGAAUAUCGGUCAAUGCCGAGCUACACGUAGCCUCACGGAUCUACGCCGCGGGGGGCUGCGCCAAGUACCCGAACAGCUCCACGGGCCAUUCGUGCAUUGCCGGGGAGGGAUCUAUCGACGGGUCCGAAGCGGGUCGUCUGGCCGCCCUGAACAUGUCCCGGGACUAUCGCCUGGCAACACGGGCAUCCUCGAGCUAUGGGUUUUCCUCCUCCGGAGAUGAUAUCGAAGAAGCGCACUCGUUUGCGACCAAUUCACUCCCGAUAUGGCGCUCCGAUAUUACGUCUUUUCCGGCCUGUAACGGGGACCGGAUCUCGUCUCUCUCUAGCAUUGGUGUGCAAGCACUGUGUAAGUAAUUUUGAAACGUGGUUUUCGUAUGUGUUGUCGUUGGGAAUCUGCGUUUAACUCAUUCUACAGCAUCCCGCUUUCGUGUUUAGGUGUGGGGAAGUGUGACUCCGAGCGACAAUCGACGAGAGCGUUUUGGUGGACCAACUCUUCCGCACGGCGGAAGAUGAAUCGCUUCAUCAAGGACGAAUCAGAAAGUUCGCAAGACGACGAUGGGGACGAUGGCAAAGACGAGGAUGUUGACGAAGGGUCGAUCAGGCGUCGGAAAAGUCUUGUUAUCAGCCGCCACAAGACCGGCCGAGUCAACUCCCGCGGUCUCGUGAAGCCGGUGUACGGGGUCGGGGUUGUCUUUUACCUCGAUCACUACGGAAGAAUCCAGGGGAUCAUGACCUGGGGCUUGCCGUUUGCGGAUCGACCGGGGGGAAAGAUCAACCCGGAACUUCUGGAACACAUGAAGCACAUGAUUGCCUCAAACGCAGGGGUUUCCGCUUUGGAUGCGGAAGACAACCACCAACUCGUGAAUCUUGCACUGGGGAAAGCGAGUCAAAAGUUGGUAGCCCUUUCCGUAAAAGACCAAGUCUCUCACACCACUAGAACAUGGCACGGCCUGGACGGACCUAUCCAAGGGUUUGCAACGCCACUUUACCGAUACACCGAGGUGUCCAACUCACGAAACAAAACCGUCAACGUCUUGAAGCGAAAAGACGGGAGCGGUCUUGGUGUACUAGGUGAAGGGCUGUACGUGCGGGACGAUUUUGUAUUGGAAGAAGUGGCCGACAAUGGACCCGGCGAUCACCUCUCGGAAGAAGAAAACGAGGAUGCUUCCCCCGCGAACAUUCCUACCACCAUGUACCCGAUCACGGUGGCCCCGGCGUCUCACCACGACGACGCCUACGGCAAGAAGGAAAUCUCUCUCGAAACGAUGAAGGAACUCAAUCGAUACCUGGCGGUUCAGCUCCGGUGGGAAGCAAACGAAAACAGAGCGCGUCCCGGCAAGGAAGAUCCACUUUGGUUGCGCCCCGGAGACGAGAGAAAAAACACGAGCGGAAAACAGAACGUCAUUGACGCGUACCGACGAAUCAUGUUUCCCCAUCAAUCGAGCUAAGAGCGAUAGGCAUGGCAUGGUGCAUCGUAAUCUGAUU